AUGUCCGAACGAGGCUCGUUCCGUGGAGGUGGUCGCAGCCGCGGCGGAGGAUAUGAUCGCUCUGGCGGCCGUGGCGGCCAUGGAAAAGGUGGCGGUGGUGGCGGUGCUCAGCAGCAAGAAAAGCCCAAGAAGGAAAACAUCCUCGAUCUGAAUAAAUACAUGGACAAGGAAGUCCGCGUAAAGUUCAAUGGCGGGCGAGAGGUCUCUGGAACACUCAAAGGAUAUGACCAGCUGAUGAACCUGGUUUUGGACGACGUCAAGGAGUCUAUGCGUGAUGACGAGGGCAACGAGAACACGCGGUUUCUCGGUCUCAUUGUCGCGCGUGGCACCUUGAUUGUCCUGAUCUCCCCUGCGGAUGGAAGUGAGCAGAUUGCCAACCCAUUCGUUCAGGCGGAGGAGUAA